AUGUCUCUUCAAACAAUGAAGGCCUAUUUAUAUGAUUUAUUUUGUACAGUAAGGUCAGAAGUAAUUCGCAAUUGGGUUAAUAUUGGGAGACAAAACAAAAUCAAGUAUUCUGAUUUCGUGAGAAUGACAAAUUUUGAAGAUUCAGUAAUGUUCCAUAUUAACAUUCCACAAGACAUCGUCCAUCAUUUAGAAACUGAAGCAAGAGAAGUCAGAGAAUAUAAAGGAGUUUAUCUUUUCUAUUCAACAUUUCUUUUAUUUACAAGAGGAAUUGAAUUAAACGAAAAAGAUUUUGAUUUGAUUGCACAAGGUGCAAUUUAUCAAAUCCUUGUUAAUCAAUGUUCUUGUGAAUUUUGUUAUUCUUAUUUUACACUUCUUGAACUCAGUUUCAUUAUAGAGAAAUUAAUAUUGCCAUAUCUUACCAAACGAAAAGCACCAAAAGAUAUCAUCAAAGUUUUGGAAGAAAUUUCAAAAGACAUUCAACUCAAAGAUGAUUUUUGGAUUGGAUCUUAUCCUGACCCCCACGACUAUACAGUGAAUUUCCGAUACUCAAAUUUAGACCAGUUCAAUCCAGUGAAAGAGCAAAUAAAACGUAAUGAAAUGAAAUCAAAAAUAAAAUCUAAUUAA